AUGGCUGCGACGACGGGGUAUCCACAAGCAGUGCAAGGAUUCCAACAACAGUUCUUGGCUCCCAGAACAAAUCGGGCCGUGCCUGUGGCGUCUCCAUCGAUUCUUCCCGCCACUAAUACCGCCUUGUUUUCGAUAUUAUCUUCCGACAAUAGUAACGAUGAGAAUACCCCCCGACCUGCCACUGCGACGAGUCCUUUGGAAGAAUCCUUUUCGUUACGAGAUUGGACCCUGAAAGCAGAACAACAGUCACAACAAGAGGAACAGGAAACCGUGGAUCAUAACCGGAACAGUAACAGAAGAAUACACAAGGGCAACAACAACAAUAAUAACAACAAUAGUGGAGAAGAAAAAUGGUACGAACAAGCCGAGUACCAAAAUAAACGACAACAACGAAGACGUUGGCUCGAAAAGACGACGGACAGUUUGAUACAGAGUGAACCGGGGACUCUUGUCAAGGGCAAAUGGCACGAACUCACGUCCAUGUUGUAUGCCUGGAGUUCCUUUACCAAAACAGAUGCCGAUGCGCCGUUGCGCAUGGAAGCCAUUCUCAAACGACUCCAUCAAGAACGACGAGCCGGAAACCGAGAAGCCAAGGCGGAUAUUGAAAUGUACAAUCGACUCCUCGAUGCAUGGGCGUGUGCGGCACUGUUCAAAACACAACCAUCCGCCAAGGUGGCGUCGCAACGAGCAAGAGAAAUUCUUGUGCUCUUGCAGGAAACUUACGAACAACAACAAUUCGCACAAGAACAGGACGACUCGUCAAUAAUCAUGGAACCAUCGCUCAUGCCCAAUGAAGAAUCGUUCAAUCUCGUCUUGCACGUCGUGUGUCGCGUCGAAGGGCCGACUAUUGCGAGACGAUUGUUGGCCUUUAUGGAAUAUCUACAUCGAAGUGGAAAAAAUCCAUUGGCCAAACCCAAAAGAACGGAUUACGUUUCCGUACUCACGGCAUACACCCAUCCCAAAUUUCGGGUCGGAAAUGCCGGUGCCUUGGUCGAGGGAUUCUUGAGACACAUGAACAUUACCGGAGGUGUCGCACCGGAUACAUUUUGUUACAACUUGGCCAUCAAGGCAUGGAGUCAGUCUAAGAAGGGACGAGAGGCCGCCGAACAUGCCGAUCGCAUAUUGGAGGAAAUGCAAGCACCCAAAGAUAUUGUCACGUAUGCGUCCGUGAUUUCGGCAUGGUCCACCAGUGGCAUGCGGGCUCAUGCCGUACAACGAGCCGAAGAAGUACUACGGCAGAUUGAAAAUGAACCGCACUUGGAACCAAACACCAUUGUUCUCAAUGCCGUCAUGUCCACAUGGGUCAAAUCCAGGAGUCCGGGGGCAUCCAAUCGAACGGGAGAAUUGCUCAAACACAUGGAAGAAUCGUCCUUGCCGUCGAUUCAGCCGGACCUCAUCACCUACAACACGCAUUUGCAUGCACUGUCGCUACAGGCCAAGAAACCAGGAAUGGCACAACGGGCCGAUGCCUUGUUGCAGAAAAUGGAAAAUCGGUACGCCCGCGGCGAGGUGGACUUUGCUCCGAACCUGUUCAGUUACAAUUUGGUCAUUGAAGCAUGGUCCAAAGCACCCAAUGCCGCCAUGAAGGCUGCUCACGUGCUUCGGAAACUCGCCAAAGCCAAAGGGGUCGAGCCAGAUACAUUUUCAUUCAACCAGGUAUUGGCUGCCUUGUCGAGGUCGUCCAUGACGGGGCAGGCCAAAAUGGCAGAAGAAUUGUUGGAUUACAUGGUAAAGGCACACCGCGAAGGAGUACAUCCCUAUGCCAAACCGGAUCACAAGGGGUACACUCAUGUCAUUCAAGCACAUGCUCGUAGCGGAGUGCCCGGGGCGGCUGUCAAGGCAGAGCGACUGUUGCAGCACAUGAAGGAUCGCUACUUUUUGCACAAAGAGGGAAAUAUCAAGCCCAAUCGGCAUGUGUACAACGCGGUCAUUCACUGCUGGGCAAAGAGUGGUGAAGGAACUCUGGGAGCACGUAAGGCGGAAGCAUUGCUGAAGGAAAUGCAAACACUUCGAGAACAGUACAAUGACGAAUCCAUGGCUCCAAACCUUGUCACGUUCAACUGCGUUUUGAAUGCAUGGGCGCUCAGUGGUACCCGUUGUUGUGGCCACAAGGCGGAAAGUUACCUAAACCAAAUGUGGGAGCUCUACAACGCUGGAGACAACAACCUUGUAAAACCCAACGACAAGAGCUACAACACAGUUAUCAAUGCUAUUUCCAAAAGCAAGAAUGAAGCCAAAGCGCAGCGUGCUCUUCGGAUUCUUCGACGAAUGGACAAAUUGUAUCAGGCAGGGGUGAACAAAGAGGCUCGGCCCAAUGAGGUAACGUACACGGCUGUAUUGAAUAGCUGUGCUUUCCCGGCAGUGCUCGACGAAAAAACGAGGCGCAAGGCACUUGACACUGCCAUUUUCACCUUGGAGGAAUUGAAGGCUUCGAGGUAUGGGCACCCGAACCAAAUUACUUACGGGACCUUCUUCAAAGCAUGCGCCAAUCUACUUCCCGACGAUGACAACCUGCGUCGUGCAAUCAUUCAAGAAGCUUUUCUGCAAUGCUGCAAAGAUGGUCAAGUUGGCGAUCGGGUGUUGGCUAGUUUCCGGGAUGCGUCUCCUGCCGAUUUGUACGACGAGCUCGUUGUCAGUGCCGUGCAAAGCAGCCCUCCCAGACAGAGUUCUCGGCGUGUCUCUGUGCGAGACCUCCCAAAAGAAUGGUCGCGCAACAGCCUGCGACCGAGGUCGGCACCGAACAAGAGACGAUCUGUGCCACAACGAAACCGAUACCGGCCGUAA